GUUCAGUCGAUGGAGCUGGAGUCCUUGCAGGUCAACGUGACGGCGCUGCAAGGUGGCCUGGGCCAACUUCGCUGGCCGAAGGAGCUUCGUUCGCUACGAGUCCUUGGAGAGGACUUCUGCAGAGGGGCAGCCGAUCUCUGCAGCGGCGGUUUCGCCGAACGUUUGUGCGAAACGGCGAUCGAAGACUUGCAUCUGGACAGUUGGCGCGGCUUGAGCUCCCGUGGCUUCAGCAGAAUCCUGGCUGCUAUGGCCGGCAGUCAGCUCAAGCGGUUGCAGAUCUCUUGGUUGCGCUCGCCGGGGAGACAGGUCUUUGCGAUGCUGGCGGGAUUCAUUGAGGCCGCAGUAUGCCUUCGCCAGAUGGUCCUGGACAUCCCUCCCGGGCAGGAGUGGUCCGUAGACCCCGACGCUUUCCACUUGGAGGAAGUGGCGAUGCGCAGAGAUGUCUCCAUUCUUUGGUGCGGCGGAGGGCCGCUGGUACAGGACCUGGAGGUGGAGAUUGUGGUUCUCUGA